GAAAGGAGAAGAAAUGGUUUCACUGGUGGUGUGGCUGAUUUUGUUGUCGCAUCUUCUUCGCCGCAUUUAUGCUAAUAUGGAAGGCGAUGCAUUACAUAGCCUUAGGACGAACUUAGAAGAUCCGAACAAUGUGCUACAGAGUUGGGACCCGACACUUGUCAACCCCUGCACAUGGUUCCAUGUCACCUGCAACAACGACAACAGUGUCAUAAGAGUCGAUCUAGGGAAUGCUGCUUUAUCGGGUCAAUUGGUACCGCAACUUGGCCUUUUGAAGAAUUUGCAAUACCUGGAGUUGUAUAGUAAUAACAUAACCGGUCCGAUACCAAGUGAUCUCGGAAAUCUGACUAAUUUGGUGAGCUUGGAUUUGUACUUAAAUACUUUCAACGGUCCGAUUCCAGCUACUCUGGGGAAGCUGUCGAAAUUGCGAUUCCUGUGAGUAAAGUUA